UCCAGCUUCUCCAGUCCCUGUCCUCUCCUGGCUCAUUCACUGUUUAAUGUGGCCAUAAAGGUUUAAAUAAUGACUGACAGUGGAGAAGGCGACGACGAAUUCCAGUUUCUACGGACGGGAGAUGAGGUGGUUUUGCAGAGUACCUUCACCUCCCAGGAGGAACAUGUGAAGCUAUGUCUUGCUGCCGAAGGAUUUGGCAGCAGACUUUGCCGGCUUGAGCCCACCUCUAACUGUAAGAAUGUUCCACCAGACUUGUCUGUGUGUGGCUUUGUCCUGGCCCAGUGUCUUUCUGUGCGAGCCCUGCAGGAGAUGUUGGCCCACAGUGAACACCUGGCUGCAGAGGUGGGUGCUGGAGGUAGCCAUCGCACCCUUCUAUAUGGGCAGGCGGUAUUGUUUCUACACUCAUACAGUGGCAUGUACCUCAGCUGCUUGUCUUCCUCUCAGUCUUCAACUGACAAGCUGGCUUUUGAUGUUGGCCUGCAAGAGGACAAAGCAGGGGAGGCAUGUUGGUGGACUGUCCACCCAGCAUCCAGACAGAGGUCAGAGGGUGAGAAGGUGCGCGUAGGUGAUGACCUCAUACUUGUGAAUGUGUCUUCAGAGAGAUACUUGCACCUUUCCUUUGGCACUGCAUCUGACAACAAAAGCUUGAGUGACAGUCUGAUUGUUAAUGCAGCCUUCCAGCAGACCCUCUGGAGUGUUGCUCCCAUCUGCUCUGGACGUGCCGUUGCUCAAGGAUACCUGAAGGGGGGUGAAACACUUCGGUUACUCCACAGCCAUAGUGAUGCAUGUCUGACUGUUCCCUCUACAGAGCAUGGAGAGGAGCUUCAAAGGAUAAUGCAUUAUGAGAUUGGAUCAGUCUCCGGUCAUGCCCGGUCUCUCUGGAGGCUGGAGAUUCUGCGAGUUGUUUGGAGUGGUAGGCAUACAUGCUGGGGCCAGCCAUUUAGACUGUCCCACGUUACUACUGGAAGAUACCUGGGUCUCACAGAGGAGAAAGGUCUGCAGCUGGUUGAUCGGGACAAAGCUGACAUCAAUACAACCUCCUUCUGCUUUCGAUCAUCAAAGGAGAAACUUGACACCAACACAAAGACUGAUGUUGAUGGGAUGGGAAUCCCAGAGAUCAAAUAUGGAGAUUCCAUUUGUUUUCUUCAACAUGUAGCCUCUGGGCUCUGGCUAACAUACCAAGCUGCUGAUGCCAAGUCCCAUAUGGGUGGAACUCAGCGAAAGGCAAUUUUGCACAGUGAAGGGCAUAUGGACGACGGGCUGACACUGUCUCGUUCUCAGAGGGAAGAAUCUCAUACUGCCAGACUAAUACGGAGUGCUGUUCUCCUCUUCACUUGCUUUGUAAGGAAACUUGAUGGUUUUAACCAAGAGGUAAAUAUCCCAUCUGUCAGCCUGCCAGUGGAGACAGUGACACGCAGUCUGCAGGAUCUGAUCAUCUAUUUCCAGCCUCCACUGGAGGGGUUAGGCCAUGAAGCUAAACAGAACAGCAUGGCGGCGCUAAAGAAUCGACAGAACAUGUUUCAAAAAGAGGGUGUGAUAGAUUUGGUCUUAGAUUGUAUUGACCGUCUACACCAGUAUAGUAGUGCUUCUCAUUUUGCUGAGGCUGUUCAGAGUGACACAAGAGAGGAGUGGGAGACCAUCGUCAACCAUUUCUAUGAGCUGUUGGGUGAGAGUAGUAUAGAUGGCACCAUACUUAUUUUUUGA